AUGUUCUCUCAGCGGGCCAUCCGCCGGUUCAAGACGGACCCCAUCCCGCCGGACGUGAUGCAGGACAUCAUGCAGGCUGCGAUCCGCGCGCCCAACGGCGGCAACAACCAGCAAUGGCAUUUCAUCGUCGUGCAGGGCGAGGAGACGCGCCGCAAGCUGGCGGAGCUAUAUCACGAAGCCUGGUGGGCCAAGCGGGCUGACGCUGGCAUCAUGGGCCCGCAGGACAUCCCGCCGGGACGCAACUCCAUGCGCUCCGCGAUGCGCAUGGCCAACGAAAUUGGCGACGCGCCGGUCAUGGUGCUGGUUUGCGCCACGUCCAAGGGAGCCCAGGCCGCCGGGUCGGUGAUACCGUCGGCGCAGAACAUGCUGCUGGCGGCGCGGGCCUUCGGCAUCGGCGGCACCAUCGCCACGCUGCACGCGGUGGUAGAGGAGCGGGUCCACGAGCUGUUCGACAUACCGGACACGGCCCAGGUGGUGUACUGUAUGCCCUUCGGGUACCCCCGGGGCAAUUUCGGGCCGGUGACGCGGCUGCCGCUGAACGAAGUGUGCAGCUACGACCGGUGGGGCGCCCCGCCGGACUAA